AUGUGCACGUCUGGCAUCCCCAUCCAUCCAUCUAAUUCCGCUCAGGCUGGGGGACGAAACGGGGGCUCGAGGACUUGGGGUUCCCAGAGAUUGGUUGGGACUCGGGGGCACACCGCGGGCGGGGAGGAAGGGGGGGAAGCUCUGGCACUUGCGCGAGGGAGGGGAGAGGGGCUUCCGCAGUUAGGAGGAUUCGGGAACACGGUGACUGGGAAAUUGAGGGAACUCUCGGCGCGGGGACCGGGGAAAUGGGGGAACUGUGGGGAGUCUCGGGAUUGCUCCACAGCGCAUCCCCCCCAUCCCAUCCCUCGGUUCCUCCAUCCACCCGACUCCAGCCCAGCCCGGCUCCACUUGAAAAACCCCAACGAGUCGACUCGACUUCUCACAAAGCGACUCCGAACGCCAACAGCGGCUCGCUUGAGAGAAACGCUCCUCCAACCCCCUCCCACUCUCCCUGCCUGCCUUGGCCUCUCUAGGGAAGACCCUUGGCUCCCAGCGGACCCACCGACCCGCGUUAUCCGCUGCUUGUUUCGACUCCAGAAAUUAGCCGGCGCCUCUAAUUUGUUCUUCGAUCGCGGUUUUGUCGCAGAUCUUGGGCAAGCGGAGGAGUAUGCAGGCAAUCCCAUCCCGAUGACGCCGCAUCAGAUGGCGUUGCUUCUUGAAGAGAUUGCCAAGCUCGACACGGAGAGAUUAAUUCUUGAACCCGGCGUCAUGCUAGCCGAUACGGGCACUGUACUUAAUCUUAAUCUGAUUCGACAAAAGGCCCUCAGUCCCGCCUACACGCUACCAGAAAUGCUAAUGGAUUUAAAUUCCAUCUGCGAGCCUUUUCUGAACCAGAGCCCGAGCCACGCGCAAUACGCCAAAGGCUUUCUCGAAAACGCAAACGAGGCAAUUGUUAUCGCGGUCAGAGACGCGCAGGUAAGUUCGGCCGGCUAUCCGGCUGAUGGAACCGUUCCCGUCGCGAACGGGGAUCCAAAUCAACAGCAAGGUCACGUGCAAUAUGCGCAGCCGGGACAAGAUCCACAGCAGCAGUAUCAGCAGCAGCCCCAAUAUCAGCAGCAACCGCCGCAGUACCAGCAACAACCGCAGCAAUACCAGCAGCAGCAGCCACAGCAACCGCAGUACCAGCAGCAGUAUCAGCAACAACCGAUGCCGCCUCAACAGCAGCAGUACCAGCAGCAACCGCCGCCGCCGCAGCAACAGCAACAGUACGUGCAGCAGGACGGCAGCAUGUACGCUCCACCAAACGGAAUGGUAAACCAGCAGAACGGACAGGGAAUGAACGGGACGGCCGGCAACUCUUGGGUGAUGCAAGUCGUUGGAGAAGACGGUAACGGUCAGAUGCAGCCGGGCGGCGUGAUGCACAAUCAGCACCAGCAGCAGCAGAUGCCACAUCAGCAUCAACAGCAAGCGGGUUACCACCACCAGCAAAACGGCAUGGUGCAGCAAGGGGGGCAGAUGGUGGGGUACCAGCAGCAGCACCCGCAGCACCAGCACCAGCCGCCACACCACGGGGGUAUGCCUGGCGGUCCCCCUAUGGCUAACGGUCUCGGCGGAAUGCCCGAAGCAGUAGGCGACUCGUCUUUCGUUGGUAAGAAACGCCAGCGGAUGGAUAAACCCGGCGGCCCGGGCGCGCCGCCGAUGAAGGCCGCGUCGGGCGCGCCUCGGUCGCGCGUGGAAGGGCGGCGAUGCGAGGUGUGCGCGGUGAUUAAAAAGGCCGGGUGCGGCACGGAAAACGCGCACUUUCGGUGCCUGAAGCGGAAGCUUCCGGAAGGCGCACAGGAGCUAGAGCGGAGAGUGGGAGAGCUGGUAGAUGUGGGGAAGGAGGAGCGAGUGACGGUGUGGAAUCCCAAGGAGGGGAGGAAGCUAAGCGGUCAGGCCGCUCCUAUGCUGAAGAACCUGGUUGGGUGGCUGGCGAGUCAUCCUGGAUGGGAGGCGCAUCCUCGAGGGUCUAGCCCUGUUGCAAGGAAGUCGUCACAGCAGCUGCUGAUUGCUCCCAGAGGGUUGUGGCGUGGAAUGGACUCAUCACAUGAGUGCAUGUAG